CAGACAAACUACGCAUAUCCAAUGAAAAUGAAAAGUGAAAGUAGUGUAAUUAAUGAAUGACGUAUUCUAUGUUUACAGGAAGUGGUAUUGUGACAUAAGAAGAAAUGCCAUUUAUGUAUAUGAGUUAACAAGUGAUUGUUCCAAAAAUAAAGUCUCCUACUUCAACAAGAACGUCUAGUGAUUGAGAAAAGCUGGACAUGGAUGAGGAUGAAUCGUAUGAAGAAAACUCCGUCGUAGGUCUAAUUUACGGACGAGAUACAAAGGAGAAAAACGGCGAACUUACAGACGAAGAGUAUGGUCAUUGUUAUGAACGAAAACAAGAACUUCUUCAAGAUUGCAAGCGUUUAACAGAAUGUGUCAGAAAGCCGUUAAAUGUAGCUAUCAUAGGACCACCAGGAUGCGGCAAAUCUUCGUUCCUUAAUACUGUGUUUGCAAGUUUAAAUAGUGAUCGCUGGUACGAAUACGCUAAAAUUGGUAAAUUCGGAAACCAUGAAGGUGUUAUGGGUAUGCAAGUUACAAGACGUCUGAGAAGCUUCCCUAAAGAAGAAUACUAUAGACAGAAUGGCUUGUAUAUGUUACCUACAUUUAUAGAUAUGACUGGAUUUGAAGACGAUGAUUCAGUGAUAACUGAAGAACUCUUAUUCCUUAUCUUAUCUGGAAAAGUUAAAGAAAAAGAGACACUAAAUGACAUUGCGACAUAUGGUAGAUUGCAUGGAAUAACUACAAUGCAAAACGAAUACAGGAAAAGAUCCCCUUACAGACGAAUUAAUAGAAUCAUCAUUGUGUGUUCGUUAAAUCCAGAUUCUGCCAUGCCAACUGCACUGUUUAAAUCAGUAGUUAAUGUAGCCAAUGAUUUGGACAUAACAUUUUAUGGUGUAAUGACACAUGCUGAUAUAUGUAGAGAAAAGUAUGGUAACAGAUUACAAGAAAGAGAGAAACUGUUUAAAGAAUAUCUUGGCUUACCUGAAAAUAGAUUGGCAAGUGUAAUUAAUUACUGUCCAGCUGUAGAUACUGAUCGGUCAUAUGAGGAUACUCUAUUACCAGCUCUUGAUGUUCCUGUACUGAGGCUUUUGAGACAGAUAUUGACACCGGAACCAAACGAUUCAGAUACGCACACUGCUGAUUAUGUGAAUGCAGUUUUCUCGACCAUCAAGUCACGUUUGUACCAUGGAAGUCGCUCUUUUAUAACCUUGAAAAAUGAAUUUAUGAUUUCUCUCGUUAUUGCAAUAUUGGCAAUGUUAUUUUAUAAAUUUUUUUACCAGUAAUGUAUAAGCAUAAGAUAAAAAAAAAUACAGUUUGUUCUUCAACAGAUCAUAUUCAAAUCCCCAAGGGUAUGUUGUUGCUCUGACUCUUUUUUUUUUUUAACUUGUUUAACUAUUUAUUUCAAAUUCUAUUAAAAUUCAAAUUUGAAAUGUCAUCAUUCAUCCUGAAUUUUAAGAAAAUAAGCUGUCAAUUUCAUGUUCACCAAUUUAAUUUGUAACAUACUCAAAACUAUAUACACAAAAUACAAGUCCUUAAGAAACAAUUAACAAUGAAUUGGCAAAUUUUGUGUUGCUAUAACUGUACGCUGUACAAUCAAUCAUUUUGAUAACCUCUUAAGAAGGUUCAUGGUAAUGUCAUGAUAAUAUAAAUUGAAGCCAGUGCAUUCAUCUUUGGUCCAAAUAAGAUGAGAGUUCAAGCCAUUUUUUUGAGUUUUGGAAUCAUAAAGUUCAAAAGGUUUCUGGGAGACUGCAAGGGCACAUGUUUCAUAAUGAUAUUUAUGUAUUUUAAAGACUACAGUCAAUAUCUAAAUUACUUUUUGCAGGACGAAUAUAAGUGUACAACAAAUUCCUUACUAUCAAUCUUGAAAAUAUCUAUACCCCUCCUUAAGUGUGUCAAUUACUUUGGUUAGGGGGGAAAAUUGGAAGAUUUAACCUACAUGGAAAUUUGGUCUUUUCCUUAAGAACUCGGUUUUUAUAAUCGUAGCAAAAUGUCUUUUUACAAUGAAUAUGCAAAAUCUUUUGUCAAGUUUUAAUAACUGCUUACAUUUUGGUUUAAAAAAGCAUAAAUUUGCAGUCAUUGCAUAACUUGUAAUUCAUUGCAUUUUAUAUGAAUUAUUUACAAUUCGACUAUGACAUGCUUCUUCGGCUUUGUGAAUAAACCCAUGCUCUAAUUCAAAUAAAAUUUGUUUGCACAUGCGUAUAUUGACUACUACAGAAUAAUGAGUUUUAUCAAAUUAGCAUGCAUUAAAUGUACUUCAUUUACUUUUAAAAAACAUUUCCAAACUCUUAAAUCAUGCACAUGUUGUUACUAAUUCAUUUGUUAUGACUGUAAUGUGUUGCAAUUCGAAAUUGACAUAUUUGACCUAGAUACAGCAAUCGUUCAUCCUGGCUGUUCAAAACCUUUCCCUCUUAAAAAUCACAUUGCCAGUCGUUUGUUGUUUACAAACAAUAAAAGGGGUUUGUUUACAAACAAUAAAAGAGAGGUGCAUGGGAGAGUCUUCAAAACCCUCUACACUUGUACACAUCGGACAUAGAAAUUACCUUACUUGUCUUUAUCUAAAUCGACAUAAUUGAUGCAUUCUAGACUUUAUUGUAGUUUUAACAUGGGUAGGCAUUAUAUUUGUGUUAUUUCAGCCCUCACUUUCGCGCAGUCAAAUAUAAUCACGAAUAUAAUGCCUACCCAUGAUAAAACUAAAAUAAAGUAUAGCUUGCAUCAAUUAUUUCUUAACUAUUAUUUUGAAAAAUUAACAAAUAGUUGGUGUAUUAUAAUAUAUAAACAUGUAUUUUGAUAUUAAAGUUCUCAUCAUAAUGAA